AUGUGCCAAGACGAACAGGCACCCCGUGCCCCAGAGGCAGAGACCGAUGGCGAGAGCGUCUACUCCGAGUACGCGAGUGACGUAUCUGAGACGACCAGUGCGACGUCAUCCAUCUUUAACUAUCAGUAUGAGAAUGGCCGUCGCUAUCAUGCGUAUCGGGCUGGCCAGUACCUGCUGCCUAAUGAUGACACUGAACAGGAGCGUCUUGACAUUAUUCAUCACAUAUUUACCCUCGCCCUGAAGGGUGAUAUUUGCAAGACGAAGCUUGAGAAUCCCCAAAGCAUCUUGGAUGUGGGCACGGGGACUGGACUAUGGGCCAUGGAGAUUGGCGACCAGUAUCCCUCUGCAGAGGUCAUUGGAACUGACCUGAGCCCUAUUCAACCCCAAUGGGUUCCUCCCAACGUCAAAUUCGAGGUUGAUGAUGCAACCCAAGAAUGGACAUAUCCUAAAGACAAGUUUGACUUUAUCCACGCCCGCACCCUUGCUGGCGCAAUCCAAGACUGGCCCUCGUUCCUCUCCCAAGCCUACGACCGCUGCAAGCCCGGCGGCAACAUCGAGAUCACUGAGGGCAGAGCCAAUUUCUUCUGUGACGAUGACUCGCUAAAGGAGGACUCUGCGACGCACAAGUGGCUCACCGAGUUCCGCCGUCUCAGCGCCCCCCUCAAGUUUGACAUUGCUCCCGAGAUGCCUGGUAUGCUCAAGGAGGCUGGGUUUGAGGAUGUCGAGUUUACGCAAAAGGUUGUGCCCGUGGGAACGUGGACAAAGGAUCCCGAGCUCAAGGAGAUUGGACGAUGGUUCCGUGUGCAAUUUGUCGAGAUGGCACUUGAGGCUUAUUCCCUUGCUCUGUUUACGAGAGCUGGCGGAUGGUCGAAUGAAGAGGCACAGGUGUUGUUUGCCAAGGUCCGGGAGGAGCUCAAGUCUAACAAGAUUCAUCUCUACACUUACUGCUCCUUUGCUACUGGAAAGAAGCCCAAGGAAUGA